GAACGGAGAAUCACUCAAGCUAUCGACUCACUUUCCUUGUGCUUUGAUUAACAUAUUCAUCCGUGAUGCCGCUGCUCCUGCCUAGGCAAAAUGCCCCACCAACCGCGGCACCUCCCGGCGUUGUCAUUGACUACGCCAAUCCUGUGUCGAUAGGAGACCGCGUAGUAGUUUCUAAUGUGAUACUAGGCGCGCUCGCCCUCUUGUUUGUCUUACUUCGCGUUCUCAUCAAAUGGCGUGUGUCAAGAGCAUGGGGUUGGGAAGAUUUUUUUAUUGUCAUAGCAUUGCUCUUUCUCAUUGGCCGUGUUGUGAUCGAAGUCCUAAAUGUCAAACUCUGGCUACUUGGAUUACAUGUUUGGGACAUCCGCCCUGAAAAGCUCCUAGCUAUUGGCAACUACCAACACAAUGGAGUUUUCAUUGGAGACAUGCUUUAUUUCUGGGGCAUUAUGUUCACCAAACUUUCGAUCCUUACUCUAUACGUCAAGAUUUUCAAAAUCAACAAAGUAUUUCGCUAUAUUUGUUAUGGUAUGAUGGCUUUCACGAUAGUCUACCUCAUGAUCUUCUUCUUCCUGUUCGCAUUCAACUGCAAUCCACCUGCCAGAACGUGGCAUUUGCUUGGAUGGACCGGAGGUGGGAGUUGCUUUGACAACAUCAAAACCAGCUAUGCUGUUGGAGGUAUCAAUAUAUUUACGGAUAUUGUGAUCCUGAUCAUGCCACUUCCUUUAAUUUACCGCCUGCAGCUUAAACUUGCGCAGAAGCUUGGCCUAAUUGCGAUAUUUGGGACAGGAAUCCUUGUUGUUGUGUGUACCAUUGCUCGACAAGUCAUCAUUGUGGAGACCCUUCGUGAUUAUGACCAAACUUGGGCUCCCGUUCCAGAGAUAAUAUGGCUCACCGCCGAACUCAGCGUCGGUAUCAUCUGCGCCUGUCUGCCUGCCUUAGCUCCUAUUUACAGUCGCAAAAUGAUCUCCAACCUCGUCCCAGCUUCGUUACGAAACUUGCUCCAAUCAUUGCGUAGUCGUACCGGCUCAGGUACAAGCAGCACCCCUAAAAACAGUACACCAGAAUCGGCAAAGAUUUCUAAAUCUGACAGUAACAUUGAACUUGUAGAUAGAAAUCAGGUUGGCGGUUACACUAACAUCGAUAAAGCAAACAAAGGAUAUAUCCAGCAGACCAGAGCUUUUGAUGUCAAGUACGUUUCAAAUGAGGAAAGUAUACAGAAGCCAGGAGCAAGCUUCCAGGUGUAAGCUUAAUGUUGAAAUGAUGUGUUUGUCGGCGUACUGUAUCAAUGAUAUAUGGAAGAUUAAAGUUAAUAUAAUUACAUAGUAUUACAGAGGUUGUAGAUAUAGGAAAAGAUACAUUGAUUGUGCUAAAUAAAGUCAAAAUUUCUUGGUACUAAAUAAGAAUAAAUAGUUGUAAUAAUGAAACA